AUGGCGCCGAAUAAUACUGCGACCAUUGCCUUCAUCGCACUUCUAUUCCUCUUCGCCGCCGCGCCAACCCUCGCGGUAAGAGGAUAUCAACAGCCAAACACCCUCAUUACCGUUACCCAGCCGACGACCACCGAUGACACCAGUAAGAAGGAGCCUUCCAGAUGCAAGUGCGAGCUCGUGAGACGCACUACCAAUGUCACACCCCCGGAAUGUAUUGAUUACUGCGUGUGGAGAUGGGCCUGGUAUUGA